AUGUUUGCUAAUUAAUAAUCUAGAAUCCCUCUUUUACAAUUAAAAUAAAAUUGUUCUAUAAUUGACCAAAUUUCCCGAGGAAAUACAUUCCGAUAUGAAUUUCCCGUUUCUUACGGUCAUAGAUAAAUGAAUAUUUUGGAUGACCUAUAAUAAAUUCAAUGCUAUUAUAACCCUUCUAAAAUAUUCGAAUAUUCAAUAUUUUUAUUUUUCAAAUAAAUGCUAGAACCUUCUAAAGAAUUUUAAGAAAAAGCAAAGGGAAGAUAAAAAUUUUAGCAUCAAGGGAGAACAAUAUAUGAGUGGGAUUAAACAUUGGAUGAUAUUAAUAUAUACAUAGAGCCGCCAAAGGCAGUUUUGAAAAAGUACGAGGAUUAAUUGGACAUAUAAAUAAAGGCUGAUCGUUUGAAGGUGGGAAUUAAGGGCAAUCCUCCAUUUAUGGAUGAGGCAUUAGUUAAAUAAUGCGAUUCUAGUGAGUCGUACUGGCUAGUGGAGGAUGAAGAACUUCACAUAAUAUUGCAGAAGGCAUACAAGGGAGAGUUGUGGCCAAGCGUGUUCGUUGGUCAUGGGAAGGUGGAUCCGAUGACGGAGCAGGAAUUGUAGAAGAAGAUGCUUUUGGAGAGGUUUUAGGAGGAACAUCCUGGGUUUGAUUUUUCAGGGGCUUAGGUGAAUGGGAUGGUGCCUGAUGCGAGGUCGUUUAUGGGAGGGAUAAAACAUAAUUGA